UCUUUGGCGGGGCUCGUGUUUAGUAACACUUCCACUUCGAACGCUUGACGAUCUCCACAUGUGGGGAGUGUGCUGUGCCCGACGAUCGCAGCAGCAGCAAAUCAGCGUUUUCUUAUCGUGUGUGUGUUGAGAGAGAGUCAGACAGAGAGAGAGUCGGAAAGUGAGACAAAAUAAAGUUUGUGGCUAGGACCAAAGGACCUAUCGAAGAUGUUACCCAGAGAUCUACGGCAUCUCUCGGGUCUGCUGGGCGCCGUUGUAUUGCUGGCCAGCGUUGUGUCCUUUGCGGAGGCAAAGAAGGAAUGUAACACAACGGUAUGUGACUGCAAAGGCAUCAAAGGAAAACAGGGCGCAAUCGGACCCUUUGGAGUCAUCGGACUGGAGGGAGCCCACGGAGACAAUGGACCAUACGGACCACCCGGCCGUCUUGGCGAGAAGGGUGACGUUGGCGAAUACGGCGGAGUAGGCGAAAAAGGACAUCGUGGUGAGAGUGGACCACAAGGACAGCCCGGUAUUCCUGGCAAUAGAGGUAUCCCCGGAGAGGAUGGCCCUGCAGGACCUCGUGGUAUUGACGGCUGCGACGGACGUCCAGGAUCAAUGGGUGAACCCGGAAGACCAGGCGAAAAUGGAAAGCCGGGUCAGAUGGGAGCUCCUGGUGUCGCGGGAGCACCUGGUGACGCCGGAGAGGGCGGCAUCAAUUCCAAGGGCACCAAGGGUACCCGAGGCGAGCGCGGUAUCGACGGCUCCCAAGGCCCGCCCGGAUUCGAGGGCGAUCGCGGCCAGAAAGGUGACACCGGCUUCGCGGGCAUGGAGGGUGAGAAGGGAGACCGCGGCUUCCAGGGCGUCAAGGGCGACACUGGCGAGCCAUUGGAGACGAACUACAGCUACCAGGGCACACCUGGCGAGAAGGGUGAGCCCGGCGAGGGCGAGCCCGGUGCAUUGACUACAGACUUGUCCCAAAAGGGCUACAAGGGAUACGUGGGCAAGCGUGGCUUGGAUGGACCUGUAGGACCGGAGGGAGAACGCGGACCCUCCGGACGAAAUGGACUGCCCGGAAUUCGAGGUGAUAAUGGAGAGCCCGGAGAGCGUGGCAAGCCCGGCAAGGAUGGAGAGUCUGGUAACCCCGGACCUAAGGGCGGUAAAGGUGCCCCCGGUUACGACGGACUGAAUGGAGCCGAUGGCAGACCCGGUGAAAGGGGUGAGGACGGCUUCGACGGUACGCCAGGCAUCCAGGGACCCCAAGGACCACCCGGUAUCUAUGACCCUACUCUUAGCCAGUCGCUACCCGGCCCCAUUGGCCCUCAGGGUGAUCUGGGACCGGAGGGACCACGCGGAUUGAACGGAGUGCCCGGUAAGCAGGGACGCCGCGGACCCCAAGGACCCGCUGGCCAGCCCGGAGACGAGGGAUUGAGCGGAAAUCGCGGCCCUCCCGGACGCAGCGAACGUGGAGAGGCUGGUGACUAUGGUUUCAUGGGUCCCCCCGGACCUCAGGGCCCACCUGGCGAGGCGGGACCUCCCGGUCGCACCGGCCUGCGUGGCGAUUCUGGCUACAACCUGAUCGGACUAAAGGGACAGCCCGGUUUGGAUGGUCAGCCUGGACAGUAUGGAUACCGUGGCGAGCGUGGAGAAGUCGGCUUGCCCGGCGACAAGGGUCUGCCUGGCGAAGGUUACAACAUUACGGGUCCCCGCGGUUCACAGGGUCCGCCAGGAUUGCGUGGCCGUCCCGGUGAUGAUGGUUUGCCUGGAUAUCGCGGCUAUCCCGGUGACAAGGGUCUGCGAGGCGACGACUGUGGCAUCUGUAAUGCCGGACCUCGGGGUACUCGUGGUCAGGAGGGUGACACCGGUUAUCCAGGAAUUCAUGGCAACCGCGGCUUGAUCGGUAUCACCGGUGCACGUGGCCCGAAGGGAGUGCAGGGCAGGCCCGGUAAGACCGGUUUCAAAGGUAUUCGUGGACUCCCCGGUAUCCCCGGUGAGCCUGGAGCGACCGGAGCUAAAGGUGCUAAAGGAUCACUAUUAAGGAUAGGUACUCUGGCGGAAGGCCCACAAGGUGAUGACGGUGAUGACGGUCCCCGUGGAUUGCAGGGAUUGGAUGGUGACCAGGGAUUGAACGGCUUCCACGGCAGCCAAGGUCCUCGUGGUGAACCUGGUCUGCGUGGCGAUUACGGCGAUACUGGAAGGCAAGGAGUUGAUGGACGUCCCGGACGUAAUGGAAUCGAUGGUAAGCCCGGUGUCACACCCUCCAUCCCUAAACUUUAUUUGGUCGGUGAACCGGGUUACAACGGACGCCGCGGCGAUCGUGGUGACGAUGGAGAACGCGGCUUGAAGGGCGACAAGGGUGAGCCACAUCCCGGAGAGAUUUACGACAACAGGGGUGAUCGUGGUGAAUUUGGAUACCCGGGCCUGCCCGGCAUUCGAGGCCAAAAAGGUGAUGAAGGCGAUAUCGGAAUCAACGGCGAGUUAGGUGAUCAAGGACCGGUGGGUGCCACGAUCCAAGGACCCAUAGGAUCCAAGGGCUAUCCGGGAAUCCAAGGUGACUAUGGACUGCAGGGUGCUCCCGGAGAGCCCGGCUUGGAUGGUGAAGAUGGCACGAACGGCAAUCCUGGCUACAAGGGCCAGCGUGGUGAGCCUGGACAGUCUGUUAUUCCCGGAGAGAUAGGUGUAUCCGGUCGACCGGGUGUGAAGGGCUAUCCCGGAGACGUCGGUGUUGCUGGCCAGUACGGACCUCCAGGCAUUCGCGGCCAGAAGGGACAGAAGGGUGAGUUGGGACCUGACGGCGCUACCGGGCAGACCGGUCUUCCCGGCAAUAAGGGUCAACAAGGUGACUACUUGGUCGGCCCGCCCGGAGCUGCGGGUCAGCCUGGUCGAAGCGGAAGCGUCGCUCUUCACGGCACUAAGGGCCAGAAGGGAGAGGUCGGCUGGCAAGGUCCUUUCGGCGCGAAUGGCCUAAAGGGCAGCAUCGGUUUGACCGGCUUACGUGGAGCUCUAGGCAACCCAGGAGUUGCCGGCUUCCCCGGCAGUCCCGGUAUUGGAGGAUUGCCGGGAAUGAUCGGCGAGAACGGUGAUCGUGGCGACAUCGGAGCAGACGGUCGACCAGGUGACAUUGGACCACGUGGAGCUGUCGGUGAAAUGGGUCCGAAAGGUCUCACUGGUGACGUUGGACCGUUUGGCUAUGCCGGAGCCCCUGGCCGCUCUGGUAUUAAGGGAGAGCGUGGAGAUCAAGGUGUACCCGGUUAUCCUGGAAUCAAGGGCGCUGCCGCUUACAGCGGCAUCAAGGGAGAUGCCGGUGAGCCAGGCUAUCCUGGACAACAAGGCUACAGAGGAGCUCCGGGAGCCAAGGGUCUUCGUGGACAACCUGGUGAUUCACCCGAGCCCCUGGCAGGUGCCAUCGGUCGCAAGGGAGAGCCUGGAAGUCCGGGACAAGAUGGUCUUCCUGGUCGGUACGGUCUGAAGGGACAACGUGGUGACCAGGGCUUCGCUGGUCAACCUGGCAUCCGCGGUGCUCCGGGAGCUAUAGGAGUGCCCGGAUAUCGUGGACGCAACGGUGCUCACGGUCUUAAAGGCGCUGUGGGUGAACGCGGACCCGAUGGACCAACCGGUCCUAAGGGAGAGAAGGGUGACGAUGGAAUCUAUGGACUGACGGGACUUCCCGGAAACCAAGGACCUCAAGGCCCUCCCGGCAUCCAGGGUCCCCAAGGCGAGCCUGGCGACGAAGGAGAAAUAGGCUAUCCCGGACGCGUGGAGAACCUGGGUGAUCGUUAUCUGUACCGCGGCUUCCCCGGAGAUCGAGGAUUCCAAGGCGCUCAAGGCGAGAAGGGUGAUGUCGGCCUAGUCGGAUUCAUCGGCCUGCAAGGCGCAAAGGGCGAACGAGGAGAUAUUGGUGUUGCCGGAUAUCCAGGAUUAGAUGGUAGUCCAGGACUUAAGGGCGUGCAAGGUGACAGAGGAUACCGAGGUCUACCAGGCCUGACGCAAUCGGCCGAACGGGGCUUGGAUGGUGAUGCAGGAUACGAUGGACGUCCCGGUCGCCCAGGACGCCCGGGCCAGAAAGGAGCUCCGGGUGAACAGGGAGAGUACGGAGAGAACGGUGCAAUCGGACACCGAGGACCCGAGAUCGAAGGUCCACCUGGACCCCAAGGUGAUGUGGGAGCGCCAGGAGCACCCGGACGUCCAGGCUCGUAUGGAGUGGCUGGAUCUCAGGGAGAGCGCGGUAGUCAAGGUCUGCAGGGUCAGAAGGGAGAGCCCGGCUUUGCCGUAUGGGGCCCGCAGGGUGACACUGGUGACGUUGGUUACCAGGGAGCUCCUGGACCCGACGGACUUAAGGGCGAGCCAGGCUACCCCGGUCGGCCUGGCCAGUACGGCCGCCAAGGACCCCAGGGACCCAGAGGUCCCACAGGAGAGAUCGGCUGGGGCGGCGUAGACGGCGUGGACGGACUGGCGGGCGUUAAGGGUGAGCCGGGUGAGACGUUCUCUUACUCCUUUGCUCGCCAAGGCGACCGAGGCGAACCCGGACUAGAUGGCUUUAAGGGACAGCGUGGCGAGGCCGGAGCUCCUGGAUUGGAAGGAUACAUCGGCUAUAGAGGCCUUAAGGGCUAUAUCGGUGAUCAAGGUGAAGUAGGCUAUACUGGUGCCGAUGGACCGCAAGGACCUCGCGGUGACCAGGGUGCUAUAGGUCUGACUGGACGCACUGGUCUCACCGGUAGGCCCGGAGCCCCCGGAGACCCGGCUCCCCCACCACCGCCGCCAAAGAGCCGCGGCUUCAUCUUCACCCGCCACUCGCAAUCCGUGAACGUACCCCAGUGUCCCGCCAACACGAAUCUGUUGUGGGAGGGCUACUCCCUCUCCGGCAACGUUGCCGCCAGUCGUGCCGUGGGCCAGGAUCUUGGUCAGUCUGGCUCUUGCAUGAUGAAGUUCACCACCAUGCCGUACAUGCUGUGCGAUCUGAACAACGUGUGCAACUACGCCCAGAACAACGACGACAGCUUGUGGCUGUCCACCGCCGAGCCCAUGCCGAUGACCAUGGCCCCCAUCGAGUCCAAGGACCUCAUGAAAUACAUUUCCCGUUGCGCGGUUUGUGAGACAUCCACGAGGGUUAUUGCCUUGCACUCGCAAUCCAUGAGCCUUCCGGAAUGUCCUGGCGGCUGGGAGGAGAUGUGGACUGGUUACAGUUACUACAUGACCACCUUGGAUAACACUGGAGGAAUCGGUCAAGACCUGGUUUCUCCAGGCUCCUGUUUGGAGGACUUCCGUGCUCAGCCGGUGAUUGAGUGCCAUGGCCAUGGACGGUGCAACUACUACGAUGCUUUGGCUUCCUUCUGGCUCUCCGUAAUCGAGGACCAGGAUCAGUUCAGUAAGCCGCGCCAGCAGACUCUGAAGGCCGACCCGACCAGCAAGAUUAGCAGGUGCACAGUCUGCCGUCGUCGCGGUGACGCCUUUGUAACCCGCCGUGUGGUCCAGACGGCAUCUUCGUCUUGGUCAUCAGGAUCGAGCUAUGAGCCCGCCGGCGAAUCACGUUCUUCCCAAGGAGGACCUGGCUUUAGCUCAAGUUGGUCAUCUGGUGGAGGAUCCGGUGGCAAUUCCGGAUCCGGAACUGGCUCUGGCUCUGGCUGGUCUUCGAGAUCCAACGCUGGUGGAAGUGGAGGAGCUGGCUCUAGCUGGUCAUCCAACCCUAGCCCUGGAUCCAGUUCAAGCUGGUCAUCCAACCCUAGCCCUGGAUCCGGUUCAAGCUGGUCAUCCAACCCUAGCCCAGGAUCCGGUUCAAGCUGGUCAUCCAAUGCUAGCCCAGGAUCCGGUUCAAGCUGGUCAUCCAACAAUAGACCCGGCUCUAAUGCUAGCCCCGGAUCCAAUACAGGCGCAUGGUCAACAAGCUCCAGCUGGAGCUCUGACCCACGAAACCCCGCUGGAUCGAACUACCGCACCUACGAGGCCAACCGGCAACCGUACUCCCAGGCGCCCAGCAACUACUACAGCGGAAGGUACAACCAGGCCCAGAGGCGACCAACUCCCCAAAACUACAACGAGUACGCCCGCCAAGGGGACACUCGUACAUACCGUCGGCGCACGCGCGAGGACACCCUCGCCCCAUAGAUUUCCACUAAGUAGCAGUUAAAUUUUUGUCUUAAGUCUAUUGCUAUCCUAUCACGAUAACGAUAACGAUCCAAACCAAAAACAAAUCAAACCAAAACCGAAACCAACCAUAACCACCUAGUAAGUGCCAUUUUCUGUGGAGUUGCAAUCUAACACAAAGUGUCACAUGCCAAAAAACUAAAUGGAAUUCAUAAUAAGAGGACGAGAAGAGUAUCCACUGCCUGCAUAGCAACGAACGAAGAAUGUCUUGCGCCUCUGUUGGAAUUAAUGUAACAUAAACCAAAAACAAAACCCAGUUUUUUGAUAAAUAAAAUGUACACAACAUAAAA